AUGAUAAAUAAGUUUACAGAUAAAUAUUUAUAGUGUAAUAAAAGUAUCAAGGAAUAAAGAUACAACUUCUCUAAUUUUAUAAAAAUUUAGCAGCUAUUAUUAAUAAUAUUACUUAAGCCUUUUCUUUCAAUUUGUGAAUCCAAGACCUUAAAUCCUUUCUAAGUGAGCCAUGAAAAACUAGAAUUUAGGUUGUUAUUAACAUAAAAUAUUUAUUAUUAAGAGAAUUUUUGUAUAAAUAAAACGGAAACGCAUCCUGAGUAGGCAUGUAUAAAUAAAAUUAUAUUAAACAUUUCGAUUAGAUAAUUUCGUAGAACAAAAUGACCUUGCCUACAAAUUUAGAAUAGUUCUAAAACAAAAAAUUCUUCACAAAUAUGUUAAAUUAAUCUAGCUGUAUUCAUAAAAGCAGUGA